AUAUUUACGAUCAUGCGUAUGAGACAUCUACGGCGACGCAGGUUACCAACCACGGAUGGACUCAGCUGGCUUGCUUUUAUACAACUGAAUUGAACGCCUUACAAUUUUCAGCAACAUAUUUUAUAGUGGUGCGUAAUAUGAGGUUCUUUAUUGGGCAUACACAGCAGCGUCGCUAUUACCUCUAAGGACCGAAUCUCGACCGCAAGCGGAGGCAGGAAAUCUUAUUAGUGCACAAUGGCUGAAGCAGCAAACAGCGAGAACCUUGGAGGCCAGCCUGACAUGGAACCAGCUCCAACGGAGCUGCCCCAAACUGAACAACCAUCCACAGCCAUGGGCUCCCCAGCGGCCGCUCCUCUACCUUCGCCCGCCCCAAGCCGACGCGAGUCCCAAGCAGCUGAGGGCAGCGCCCAGGAAGGACAGCUCCCGGCUGAUGCCCUGGGUGACAUUGACCAGGCCCCGUCCUCCAGCUCUCCAGAACCUCAGCAGCCAACCAUUUCCCCUAGCCCAAGAGGACUCCUGCAAGAACCCGACCCAGCAGCAAGUCCCCCGGCUGCCAGCGAAACAGAAGCCUCCCAAGCAGCCCCCCAAGCAGCCCCCCAGGAAGCGCCCCAGGAAUCCAGCAACCCAACCCCCCCGGCGCCCAUCCAGCCGGACCCUUCCUCAGAAAGCGCCCAACCGGAGACCCUUGGGCAGCCACAGCCUGAACCCUCAGCAACACCUCCUCCACUGGACCCGCCCGGCCCUCCUCCGCUGUCUCUCAACCCGCCGAACCCUUCCCCACAAGCCGCCCGACCUAGCCCCUCUCCAUCCCGCAGCCGCGCAAGCCCUCCUCCUCCACAGCUAAGCCAACCGGAGCCUGGGUCCAGCCAGCCGGGGCCCCCUUCCGCCCGCAAAGCCCCACAGUCGCAGCCAUCGCCUUCAAAGCAAUCCAAACCAGCGCCAGCAUCCGCACGAAAAUCACCAGAGAAGGCCCCAUCCCGCGUCAAAACAAAGCUGCCCGGGGCCCCGUCGGCACGAGCCCUAGCAGCAGCCGCGGCCCCAGCAGCCCCAGCAGCAAAGUCUCAGCCCGCCGCGCCCUCUCCUGCACCCCCUGCGGUGGCUCCAGCGGCUCCCGCUGCACCCCCACCUGAAGCGCAGCCAGCGGCAGCACCGGCCCAAGCGGCCACCGCGGCAGAGUCCUCUUCCCAGCCAGGUUCAUCGGAACGCAACCGCCUGCACGGCCUGCCCAGCCAGGGAGUUCCCCCUGCGGGUGACAUGGCUGGUCCUCCGCAGUACGACGCAGGGGGGCAGGAGCAGAUCGCGGAGUUGGCCGCGGGAGGUCUGGAGCAAGGAUCAGGACUGGCGGAGUACCCUGUAGAGGGCGGAGGCGGGGAAGAGCUGCAAGCUCAGCAGCAGGAACAGCAGCAGCAGGGGUAUCCGGGAGGGGAGGAGCAAGGGUACCCAGCGGACUACUCGUACGGCUAUCAGCCGUACGAGUACAGCGGGGAGGAUUUGGGCGGGCAGGAGCAGGACGACUUCUCAGCGAGGCCCUCUGCCGCGUACAUAGGGGCCCCCGCGGCACCCAUGGAGGAACCCAGCGAUAUUGGCGGAGGUGAGAUGUACGACAGAGGGGCGUUCGACAGUAGAGCCGCUUACGCGCCGGCCGCCGCCGGUGCCGCUAACGCGGUCAGCGGAGCAUCCUCGCCGCCCUCUGGCGGAGGCGGUUACGGGGGUGAAGGAGCGGUGGGGCGCUACAGCGAGGCUAUAGCGGCUGGCGGCGUGGGUGGCGGAGCGGCAGCGGCAGUGGAGGCGGAGGCGGCGGCGUUGCUUGCAGAGGAGCGGGAGCGGCAUAUGCAGCAGUUGCAGAUGGAGGCUCGCGCGAGGGAGGAGCUAGAGGACAUGGUCCUGCGGAUAGAGAAGCACUUCAAGGCGGAGCAGGCGGCUCGUAAGAAGGCGGAGGAGCUGCUGCAGGCUGCCAUCGCUGCGGAGUUGGAGGCCAAGAACAAGCUGGAGGACGUGUUGAAGAAGCGGCGGGAGGAGCAGCGGCUGCUGGAGGAGGAGCGCAACGGCAUCAAGCGGGAGCGCAACGCGCUUGAGAGCAUGCGUCAGGACUUUGAGGCGGAGCUGCAAGCGGCCCGCAGCGAAGUGGCCAAGGCGCAGGAGGCGCUGGCGGCCAGCGAGGACCGCAUCCGCUCCGCCGAGGCGGUGGACCGAGCGCGGCUGGAGUCGGAGUACCAGAACCGAAUCGGGGAGCUGCAGCAGGAGAUUGCGAGGCUGCGGGAUGAGCUGGUGUACCGCACACAUCUCAUGUCCUCUGAGAUGACCCGCUGGCAGCAGCAGGCGCACCUCACCGCCAACGCCGUCAUGGAGGCCAAGAACGAGGUCCUGGAGCGCAAACGCGAGCUGGACUGCACCAAAGAGAAGAUGGACCGCCUGUUGGAGAAGCUCUAUAUAGGCCGCGAGCGCGGAAUGGAGCUCAGCGGCGCCAUAGCAGCGGCGCAGAGCUUUGCGCAGCAUGCGGGGCCGCAUGCGGGGCUGGCGUCGCUAGCGGGCUUCGUGCCGCCUGCCAUGCUGAUGGCGCAGGCGGGCAUGCAUGGCGGUCGGGGGGUGCUGCUGGGUGCGGCGGGGCUGCCGCAGCAGCCGGUCAUGCUGGGUGGUGGUGGCCUGGCGGGCGCUGUAGGAGGACUUAGCAACAUUCCCAAGCUGCCGCCGUUGAAUGCACGAGCGGCGGGUGCGCCGGCGGGUACGGCAUAUGGCGAGGUGCAAGGGCAGAUGCAGGGGCAGGGGCAGCCGCAGCAGCUGCCGCCGCAGCUGCAGAUUCCGCAGCCACCGCAGCAGCCACCACAGCAGGCAGCGGGUGUAGGGUGGGUUAGCCCACAGGGCGGGCCAAUGCCUGUCGUCAUGGACGGCGGUGGCGGUGUUGGCGGUGGAAUGAUGAUGAUGGGCGGGCCUGGUUACAUGUGCGCACCGCAGCAGCAGCAACAGCAGCAGCAGCUGCAGCCGGGAAUGAUGCCUGGCGGCUACAUGAUGAUGCCAGGUGGGGGCGGCGCGUUAUGCAACAUGGGCAUGGGAAUGGGCAUUGGGAUGCCUCCCAUGGGUGGGUUCGCUGGAGGGCUGCCUCCGAACGGAGCUGCCGGCAACAGCCCGGGCGGCAGGGUGAGUUCACGCGGGGAUCGCAGCAGUCCAGCUGGUGGGGUUGAGCGAGGCGGAGGUGAGAAGCAGGGGCAGGGGCAGUCUAGGUUUGCUCAGCCGACGGAAGCAGCGAUGGUACGGCAGGAUGGCGGCAAGAAGAGCCGUAUCGGCAACGCUGCUGCGAAGCCUGCGAAGAAGCCGUUGGACAGGUUUGAGGAGAGCAAGCGGGACGAAGCGCGGCUGGCUGCCAUGGCCAAGCGCUGGGGGUGAUGUACGGUAGUGGAUCAGGCGGGGAGCGGGGAGCGCUAUUGCAGGGAGGUGCCGUUGUGGUCUUGUUGGCCUCGUAUGGUGAGGGAAGUAGGGGCUGUGGAAAGCUGUGAAACAGUAGCACUAUUAUUAACUGAUGCAGGCAUGAUAAUAACUUUUAAUGCAGUGGUGGCGUAAUGCAGGUCUUGACUAUAUAAUAAAGGCAGGUGCAGCUGAUUCCUAUGCGAUUGCUUAUUUGCUUAGUUUUCCCGUACCUAUACCCACGGAUGUAGGAUGCUUCUCGCCGAAGUGUGGGGUUCUAGGUGUCAUGACGCGGUGUGACGUAACGCCUUUGCAACAGGGGGCCAAUGUACUGAAGCAGUAUUGGAAAGUGACUGACCUUACCCCACAUUGUACUAGCAUGAACACAAGACGAUGGCUGGGAGUGCAAUCUUGGAUAAGUGUACUCUUGGAUCACGCGUGCUGAUCACGCGAUCAACUCCUUGUUUAGCACGUGCCGCUGGGCAUGCCCUGCGGUGACGUGGGCACCGUGACGGACCUCCUCGGGAUUGUAGGUAUACUGUUGUCUAUUGCGCAUCCUUAUUUAUGACACCUGUGCUUGUGACUGACGUUUAACUGAUCCUGGUCGUGAGACGCGCAGCAGCCCCGUCCCCCAUUGUAAGGAGUUAAGGACCAUCAAGCUAGCCUCUUAUACAUCUUCC